GGGAGGGGGCGCAGAGAGGGUUAGCGCAAGAGGGGAGAGCCGCUGCCCUGCAGUGCCUGGGCGCCGGAAGGGAGACAGCAGGUCUGGGGGCCCAGUGAGUCCCCAGCAGCGAUUGCACCGGCCCCUCUGCACCGGGAGCCCCACAGACCACGAUUGGCCAGGGCGGCGCCCAGGCUACAACCAGAAGUGGGGGUGAAAGGCUCUCCAGAGACCCCCCAGCAGGAAGAUGGGGCCAGAGAGGGGAGGGGUUCUCCAGGAAGGGCUGGGGGCUCAGGGAGAUGGGGCCGGCGGGGGUGUUGGGGUGUCUCCUGGGAAGGCCUGGGGGCUCCAUCACCCCUCAGAAGGGAGAUGGGUCCAGUGGGGUGCAGGGGGUGUAUCCCCAGGAAGGGCUGGGGGCUCUGUCACUCCCCAGCAGGGAGAUGGGGACGGCUGGGGUGUUGGGGUGUCUCCUGGGAAGGGCUGGGGGCUCUGUCACUCCCCAGCAGGGAGAUGGUGCCGGCGGGGGUGUUGCGGUGUCUCCUGGGAAGGGCUGGGGGCUCUGUCACUCCCCAGCAGGGAGAUGGUGCCGGCGGGGGUGUUGCGGUGUCUCCUGGGAAGGGCUGGGGGCUCUGUCACUCCCCAGCAGGGAGAUGGGGACGGCGGGGGUGUUGGGGUGUCUCCUGGGAAGGGCUGGGGGCUCUGUCACUCAGAAGGGAGGUGGGUCCAGCAGGGACCAGGGGGUUUAUCCCCAGGAAGGGCUGGGGGCUCUCUCACUUCCCAGCAGUGAGAUGGGUGUGACAGGCGGGUCUCCCCAGGAAAGGCUGGGGGCUCUGUCACUCCCCAGCAGGGAGAUGGUGCCGGCGGGGGUGUUGCGGUGUCUCCUGGGAGGACUCGGGGCUCCGUCACUCCCCAGCCGGGAGACGAGGCCAGAGGGGGGGUCUCCCCGGGAAGAGCUGGGGGCUCCGUCACUCCCAAGCAGGGAGAUGGGGCUGGCGGUAGGGGUCUCCCUGAGGGCCCUUUGGCUGUGGAUAUACCCACUUGCCUGGCUGAUGCUCUGGAGAACAGACUUUGAGCAUCUCGUGUCCCCUGGUCCCAGAGGAAAAGGCUGGAUGGGAGCCAGGGGAACCCUCUCAUUUUGUGUCCAUGGUGAUGUAAUUGACAGGGACCACGGGGGAGCAUGGACACAUCAGGUUAUGGUGGGUCACACCCUAAUGGCAGCUGGUCACACCACUUAGCAAGCAGAUGUGGAUUUCAGAAAAGCAGCAGCACACCUACCCCCCUGCCGAUGCUGCAGCAGAUCCCCUGCAGCCAACCCCUGGUGCCCCUUGCCAGCUGGAAACGCAGCCCCCGAGUGAGGGCAGUGCUGCCGAGGAGCUGGACAGCCCAGCCAGUGGGAACAGGCCUGAUAGGGCCCAGCUGGGGGGUGCCAGAGCAGGCCGGGUAGGAAUCCAGGGGUCACAAGACUUCAGAGCACACAAAACUCAGGGUAAAGGAAGCCCCCGGUCUGAUCUGCCCCCCUCCCCUAGCACAAGGAGGCAGCCAGAGACCCCGUGAUCAGCGGAGGCGUCACGUCUCCCCAUCCUUGUGGGCUCCCCACCCCCAGCUUGCUGGGCCCUGUCACCUGGAAGGAAGGAUUCUCUCUCAUUCCAGCGUGCUGGGGGCCAGGGCACCUGCCACGGUGCAUAAUGGUCCCCUGAGCUGUGCCAGUGGGACUGGCACUGCCUGUGGCAGGAUACCCGAGGCGCUGGCUUGGGCACCCAGGCUCCUGUCUCACUGCGGGCACGCUGACCCGCAGUCCUCCCGCCCCAGCUC